AUUCUAAUAAUAAUUUAUAUCUAUUCGUGUUAUAGGAACCAUAAACAUGGCGAGUAAUAUAGCUUUGGAGUUGUGUAAAGGCUUGUAUACAUGGACAAGCGUGGCUGUCAUAGCUGUUUCUUUGUUUUAUAUUUGGUGGCGACGACCGCAUAACUUUCCACCUGGGCCUAGAGGGUUACCUUUAAUUGGUGUCUUGCCUUUCCUUGGCCGGUUCCCUGGAGAAGUAUUUAAGAAGUGGAGCCUCGAAUACGGCCCAGUGAUGUCCAUUAGGAUGGGUAGAAGUGACGUAGUGGUUGUCAACACUGGAGACAGUUUUAGAGAGGCUUUUGUAGAACAAGGAGCUAACACAAGUGGUCGACCCCCUGAUAUUAUGUUCGCUCAAGUAACUGGAGACAAGGGACUUGUGUUCAAAGAUUAUUCGGCAAACUUUAAAGCAACAAAAAAGUGGAUUUUACGAACUUUAUCACAAUACGGUUUAGGAAGAAGGGGAAUGGAAGAAAAAAUACAAGAGGAGGCUGAUUGUCUUGCUGGCUAUCUAAGGACAAAAGUUGGGAAACCCGUCGACUUUAAGUUAAGCCUGUACUGCCUUACAUCAAACGUUGUGAGUCUUAUAAUGAGCGGACGUCGGUACGAUUACGAGGACGAGGAACACCAGAAGCGGCUGGAGCUAAUACAUCUUAUAUUCGGCGACCCAAACGAUGCGCCAAAACUUUUGCUCAUCGAUCUUUUCCCAGCUUUGAAAUAUCUUCCCGUAUUCAAAACAGCUAACGAUAAACUGCGCAGCCGAAUGAAAGCUGUUUUAGGUUUUACUCGAAGCAAUAUAGAGGAACAUAAGAAGACAUUCGAGAAAGACGACAUUAGAGAUUUUAUCGAUACGUUUCUUGCUGAAAUGAAAUUUGGCAACGAAACUUCAAGAGACAACUUUACAGAAGACGAGUUGAAUGUUUUGUUUCGUGACUUUUUCCUUGCUGGCUCAGAGACAACAAGCACCAACAUAUUGUGGAUUCUAUUACUGCUUGUUCACUAUCCUGAACAUACUGCAAAAGUGAUUAAAGAAAUAGACACCAUCAUAGGACCAAAUGCAUCCGCCAGUUCCACAACGCAUAGCUCACAAAUGCCAUUUACUUGCGCAUUCAUCCAGGAGUCCAUGAGGUAUCGCACAAGUGUGCCACUAGGCGCCCAGCACUAUUGUCAGAAAACUUUUCAGUUGAACGGCUACACAAUACCGAAAGGAACACUGAUAUACCCAAAUAUAUGGGGCGUCCACAACGAUCCUAAAUCUUGGCCAAACCCAUCAAAGUUUGACCCGUACAGACACAUUGACGAAAAGGGGAAUUACAGGAAUUCAAGCAACGUAAUUCCAUUCUUGAUUGGACCUCGUAAUUGCGUGGGAGAAGCUUUGGCUCGACAGGAGAUUUUUAUAUUUUUGGUAAAAAUUCUCCAAAAGUUUGAAGUCAAACCGGUGCCUGGUAAAACGCCUUCAAUAGCUGAUGGCGUCAACAGUGUGGUUUUCAGUCCCCACAGUUUCAACCUUAUACUGCAAGAACGCUAAGGCUGAGCAAAUCUGUAGUAAUUACUAAUUAUCUAAUCAGCAUUUAUGCUGCGAAUUGUGUCCAUGUAUAUAUCCAACAUCGUCAACAAAAAAUGAAUGAACUUACUUUGUCUCUUCUCUCACGUAGCAUACUAUACUAUAUGCUGUAUAUUUACUAAGAAUGAAAUAACUCUGCUGUAUUCCCCUUUGCUACACUGUUACUAAAUACAAAACAAAUGGUGGCGCAAGAGACCCGUCUAAAACAACAUUUGCUACAUUAACCAAUGCAUUUUGGGACAACCUGGGCUUAAACCAUGAAUCCCUGGUUCCCCUGCAAAUCACGAUAAUAUUUAAGAAUAUUCUCCGACUAAAUGUCGUAUUUACCGUUUUGUAAGAAAGAGCAAAUCAU